AAAGACCCGCCGUCGGACCGGGCAGCUCUACUGGCCUUCAAGGCUGACCUGUAUGAGCCUCACUUGGGCAUUUUCAACUCGUGGACGGGCUAUGAUUGUUGUCACAACUGGUAUGGAGUGAGUUGCGACCCGGAGACUCACCAAGUAGCUGACAUCAACCUCCGGGGGGAAUCGGAGGACCCCAUCUUCGAAAAAGCCCACCGGACCGGUUAUAUGACCGGGACAAUUUCACCGGAGAUUUGUAAACUCACUAGACUUUCAAGCCUAACAAUUGCAGAUUGGAAGGGCAUUUCGGGAACAAUCCCAGCAUGUAUUGUUUCAUUGCCAUUCCUCCGAAUCCUCGACUUGAUCGGAAACCGGCUCACUGGAGAAAUCCCGGCUGAUAUCGGCAGACUAAGUCGACUCACCGUGUUGAACGUCGCCGACAAUCAACUCUCCGGAACCAUUCCGAGGUCACUCACCAACCUGUCUUCUCUAAUGCAUCUCGAUCUUCGAUCCAACAAAAUUUCAGGAACAAUCCCAGGAAAUUUUGGCAAAUUAAGAAUGCUGAGUCGGGCUUUACUCAGCAACAACAGAUUAAAUGGGCCAAUCCCAUACUCGAUAUCCUACAUAUAUCGUCUUUCAGAUUUAGAUCUUUCUUUGAAUCGACUUUCUGGGAAGAUACCUGAUUCAUUAGGCAAAAUGGCAGUUCUUGCAACACUAAAUCUCGAUGGGAAUCAAAUUUCUGGUACAAUUCCUCCUACGUUGAUUAAUUCCGCCAUCAGCAUAUUGAAUUUGAGCAGAAACGGGCUUGAGGGUUAUAUUCCGGACAAUUUCGGGUCAACAUCGUAUUUUAUGUUGAUGGAUUUAUCGUACAAUAAUCUUAAGGGAAGGAUUCCUAAGUCAAUUUCUUCUGCAAAUUAUAUUGGCCAUCUUGAUGUUAGCCAUAAUCAUCUCUGCGGGCCAAUCCCAGCAGGCUCUCCUUUUGAUCAUCUUGAAGCGUCGUCGUUUACUUACAACGAUUGUCUAUGUGGGAAGCCGCUUAAACCUUGUUAGAUUUAGAUGCACACGCUUGGCUAAGCUUAAAAGUUUACUCAUACGUAAAUGAGUAAGUUACUUUUUAACUUACUAGUAAAAGAAGUAAAAUUAAGUUACUUUUAAGUUUAGCCAGAUUUGCGGUCUAUCUCUAAGAUUAUGAAUAUAUCGCGUUGUUGCUUUUCGAGCCUUUAAAAUGUGAUUUUCUUUAUGGCUUGAGGAUCUUGGAUUUAUUAAAUUUAUUACAAUAUGUAUACUUGGCUUGAUGAAUAAAUUUAUAUUU